CCUCCCCACAUCAUCACAUCACUCAAUGUACGGUCGAUGAACAAAUAGCAACCAAAAAGGUGAACGCGAGCCAGCUACGCUCACCAGCAGCAGUCGGUGAUCUAGCCAUGUCGCCAAGAACAAGGGCGGACAACAACGAGAUUCGAAGUGUGGGGCAACCUCCGGUUGUUGCUUUUGACUCUCGACAACAAAGUGCUUCUCACCAACAGCGUGCGAGAGAUGAGCACCAGCAGCAGCAGCAGCAGCAGCAGGCCGUUGUCCGCCCUAAGAAGAAGAAGCCGCUGAGCUCUGGGUUCAAGGACAUCAUCUGGACGAACCCUCCCCCGGUCGGAGUCGACUCGAAGGCCACGUCUUCCCAGCGACGGAAAUCGUCACCGCAGAAUUCUCAGUUGCAUUCCCUCGCCGCCGCCAGCGCCUCAUCGACGACCUCGUCUGGCUUCCACCGUGGUAAGGAGGAUAACAACGACCAGCAGCAGCAAGCAGCGCGGACAUUAGCAGCGGAGAAUGGCACAACAGGAAAUGGCAAGGGUAGGCAGACAGGGAGGGAGCGCCCCACGGGUGCAGAAGAGGCACGGCAGCAGCAGCAGUUGGGCGGCGGGGACAGCAACAACGAGGCGUUAAAUCCAGCGCGGUAUCCGUCGGCUCCCGUCGAGACGAUUAGGAAUGGAGUCGUCACCGUCGAGCGCUCCCUCUCGGACACCUCCGUCGUAACCGCUUCCGACUUCGGAGCUCCGGUGUCCAACAAGCCCACCAUCCUCACGGACCUGAACGACCCCGACGCCGUCCGGGAGCUCGUGGGUCUGCUGGGCAGAGGGAAGGGGCUCCCGGUCGUCAAGCAUGCUACGGGGCUGGGCGGAAAGAGCCGCAAGCUGCUGAGGCUGAACGAGCUGGGCGGGGAGCUCGCGCUGUGCGGCAUGCUGCCGCCCUACUUCAAGACCAAGAUUCCGGUGCGGGACGUGGACCGGGUGGACGCGAAGUGGUGCUGCGUGGUGAUACACGCCAAGGGUCGCUCGGCGCUCCGGCUCGAGGUGGAUUCCGUCACCACCGCCGACACCCUCCGAGUAGGCCUGAUGGCCGCCUCAAGGAUGCAGCCCAUGUCGCCUCCGUCCAAACCCCCACCCACGGCGGCGACGGAUCCAGCCACCCUCGCCGUCACCCAGGGUAUCGAUUCCCAGCCGCCGACCCCCGAUUCCCCCGACGGGGUCUCCGAGCCGGACCCAGAGCAGGGCCUCGCGAGCGUGCGGCCGGGGCACCGCGAGAGCGAAAUCUACGACCCUGACGCUGCGCUGUCGGUGGCGGCGCUCCUGGCCAAGGAGAUGGAGGAGGAGCGCAUGCUGGCCCUGGGUGGGGGCGACGCCGACGGCGCGGGGGGGGGGGG